CCUCACCUACAGUGACGGGCUGCAGUCUGGAGGAGUUUGCUUGUUUGUUAGGUGGACAGGUCCAGUGUCCAGUGUCCAGGUCCAGUGUCCAGGUCCAGGUCCAGGUCCAGGAUGAACUCCUUUAAAGACGCGACUCUGUUUAUCGACCUGAGCUUCCUCUCCACCGAGGAGGAGGCCGUAAUCCGGCAGGUGCUUCUGAGAGAUGAGGACUUGAAAAGGCUCGAAAUUGGCCGUGUGAGGAGGCUGAGGAAUUCAGUGCCUGACCACAAGCAGCUCAAGGUUCUGUCAGGAGAAUGGUUUGAGGAGCUCAGGUCGAAGAGAUAUGGACGACAGCCGGCUAUUUCAGCGGUAGUGAGGUCUUCUAUGAGGUGGAAGAAAUCGGCAGGCCAUAAACCGCUGCCCUUCCUGAAUGCCGUGCCUGAGGAAAAAGACGGAGAAAAGGAAGAGAAGAAGACUCACCCAGAUUUUGUUUUGUUUUGUUUUAGAGUAUCAGCUGACCCCAGAUCGAUCCAUCCUGCCUUGAGUGUUGAGGUCUCCCGGGAAUACAAAGAUGAAGACAUCACUUUGGAAGACGAGACCCAGGCAAGUCAAACUCCAGUCAAGAACGUUCCACCUGAGGAGCCAAGUACAGCUAAACUCAACAACCCCGUCACUGGCACCACUGUCCGGGGAAGUCUGUCAGCAGGAAAACCCAAAGAAGUGUCUCAAGAAAAAACAAUUCUCAUCCAGUCUUCUAAACUUGAGCCUGGGCUGCAGCCUAAGUCUACGGGAGCUGUAGCUGUAAGCACCACAGCAAGCGCUACAACAGCAAAUGCCGUGCUGAACGCUGCCACACUUGGCGCACCAACUAGCGGCAAAACAAAUGCGCCAACAAGCGCAGCAACUAGGGUCACAUCAGCAAAUGCAGCUAGUAUUGCAACUGCUAGUGCAGAGCCCAGGAGAAAAGUGUCUCUCCCUCCAGCACUGCAGAAAGACGCAUCGUUUGAGGAGAACUGGGUCUCCCUGGAGGCCAACACAGUGGAAUCAACAGCAGUGGAGAUUAAACCUAAAGCGACAGAUGGAAACAUGCCUGUUGAAACGCUGGCGAUAACAUCAUUCAGUGAAACGCGGGACGCAUCAAGUCAGGAUCAAUCACGUCAGCCUGGCAGCAGUGCUGACUCAAUUAGCACUGGGCCAAAGGUGGAGGCUGGCGAAAUAAUAAGCUCGAGGAAAGUCACAAAGAUAGAAGUGAAGCAGAAGCAGGCGCGCACAGUAACGGAGCCGGUGAUGAAUAAGGAUGGCUCUGGUUUGGGAGAGGAAGUGGCCCAAAGUCAGUCAUUACGCGAGGAUCCAAAAGAGGCUCAUGAAUUACUCAUCGGUUCUCUGCAGGGACAAGAAAGUUCUCCUAAGCUCUUCACUCUUUCCUCUGUGGAGAUGAUGAAAAAGCAGGCACCGGCGAGCAACACUGCGCCACAAAUGCAGGAGGAAAUCAUAAUUUCAGAUUUCAAAAGAACGUCUCCGACAAGGAUGGAUGAGUUGGAUGUAAAUGUGGACGAGAGCCUUGAGUACAAAAACACAGGACCUGCUGUUGACCUAAACGUGGGAAAAGACACCCGUUUAGACCAGAAUAGGUCAGCAGAGACGAGCAGGGACAGACUGGCAGGGGCCGAGGUGGUUAUUAAAAAUGCAGUUCCUGAAAGAAAAGGUGGCUUUGAUGUAGAAUUGAGAGAUUCUGAAAGGGCAGAUAAGAAAACCGAGGAAUUGGAGCUUGUAACAAAGAUAGAUAAAACAGACGAACUCCCCAACGCAGACGAAGGACGUGCUUUUUCAGAUAUGGCAGAUGAAAGUAAUGCCACCAAAGACGAGUGCAGGAGCGAGAAUGAUAUCCUCGCCAGUGUAUAUGCGCGGGCCCUCAGGGCAAAGUCCCCAUUGUCUAAGAACACUUCCAUCCAAGACCCAAAGCAGGAAAAGGCAGAAGAUGUGAUUCCUUCUAUCGUGAUUGUGCCAUCUGAGUCAUCAGAGCCUAAAGACAUGGAAAGUUUGGAAAGUGGGACAUCUACCCCAGUGGCACCUGCAGAAACACCUGCUACUCCCUCUUUUGUGGCCGACACCUGGGAGGAUGAAGGCGUGGACUCGGAAGAUGAUAGCAGCUCAGUGUCCAGCUAUGGCUCCGAUCUGUCUGGCAGAAGAGGCUUUUCUGCUAGUACGCUCUCGGUCACAGAGCGCACUGGUAGUUUGCUGAGUGUGUACAGUGAUGCUGGAGAUUUCGGGAACGUGGUGGUGCAGGGAUCUGUGGAGUUCGCUCUGAUGUACAGCCCUCUGGGAGAACUGGUCAUUAUGGUUGAACAGUGUCAGGACCUAGCCAUCGCAAACCCACGCAAACAACGGACAGACCCAUAUGUGAAGACGUACCUCUAUCCAGACAAAAGAAGCAAGAGAAAGACUUCCAUCAAGAAACGCACCUUGAACCCAGUCUUUGUGGAAUCUUUGAGGUACAAAGUGAAGCGUGAAGAAUUGCCUGGAAAGACUCUGAACUUGUCUGUGUGGCACAAUGACUCGCUGGGCAGAAAUGUCUUUCUGGGUCAGGUGGAGCUCAGUCUGAAAAACUGGGACUGGGGACAUCAGGCGCUCACCUGGUACAACCUCCAGCCCAAGAAUGCUGAUAAUCAGGAAUCCCCGGAAUAUUGCGGACUGCUAUCCGUCUCUCUGAAAUACAUACCUCCAGAACCCCGAGGGACUUCUAAGCUCGGUACAGGAGAGAUUCAUGUCUGGCUGCGGGAGGCGAGGCAGUUACGUCGCCUGAAGGCUCAGGCAGUUGACUCGUUUGUGAAGUGUUACAUGUUGCCGGACACCAGUAAGAAGAGCCGUCAGAAGACCCGGGUGAUGAAGAAAUCUCUGAACCCCGUCUAUAACCACACAAUGGUGUACGACGGCUUCAGACCAGAUGAAGUGCGCGAGGCCUGCUGUGAACUGACCGUUUGGGACAACAACAAACUGUCCAACCAGUUCCUCGGAGGGCUGCGCCUCAGCCUCGGCACAGGGCAGAGUUACGGUAAGAAGGUGGACUGGAUGGAUUCGGCGAAUGAAGAGGUUGAAGUUUGGCAAAAAAUGAUGGCAAAGCCAAACAGCUGGGUUGAGGCUGAUCUUCCUCUGAGGGCUUCAAUGACUCCCAGGAAAUAAGAGGAAAUGAAGGCAGCGGUGAUUCAGGCAGCGUACAGCCUGAUUGACUAUUGUGGAAGAUUCAGAAUUAAGUAAUAUGAUAACACAUUGAGCAGUGAAUUCAUAACCAUUUCAUGUAACUUUCUGUGAAGGAGCUUUUAGAGGUGGAUGUCUGGUUCCUAUCACCACCACUGUGAACAGUUCUGCCUCAGUAAGUUUCUCUAGAACAGAGCGUUUCAUAUCUUAAUUGGGCAGAAAUGUCUGUGAAUUAAUUUAUUUAUUUUAAUCCCCUUCAACAUUUGGAAAUGGGCAGUUUUUUUGUACUUGGCAAUAAAAUGGGACGGAUGGACGGAUGGAUGGAUGGAUGGAUGGAUAGACUGGGCAGAAAAAAUUUAAGAUGGGUGGAAUUCCCCUUCACUAUUUGGAAAUGGGCAGAUUCCUUUGCAUUUGUAAAUAAAAUGAGCUCCUACAUUGUUAAAUAUUAUUGUAAUUGAUGAUUUUACAUUAUAAUAUGACAUUACAACCCUACUGUGGAUGAAUCGCUGCCUUUUAACACUAGUCUACCUUUAAAUCUCACUGUCUGAAAUGCAGAGUAUGUGGAUGUAGGCUGGCUGUGUGGAGGUUCAGCUCUAUUCUGAAAGGGAUUUAGAGCUGAGUUUUCAUUUACUGCCUGUCUGUUUCUGAAUCGACCCGUGUCUGGAAAAUCAAGCUGAAAUACCACAGAUAAUAGAGGUAAUAUCGAAUUUUCAUCCAGUGGAAGAUGUGAUCAUAAUCAGCACUGAGCUUGUGUUCAGGACUCAUUUGCAGCAGUGCUCAUUUCAUUGGAAUGCCUCUAAAAACCAACAUAAUAUGUAAUAAAAUGCAUAAGAUCUGUUUGUCUGUUCCAGAGGAAGUGGAUUGCGCUGUUUUAUGUGUUUUAAUUGGGUUUAGAAGGUGUAAAUGAUGUUGAGUACUGAGUAAGGCUGUGCAUUAGAGCCUUCUCAGUGAGUGCUCCUGGGUUUUUGGAAGCAGUUAUAAAUAACUUGGGCGUGUUCAUGUCCGGCUGAAUGAUUCACAGAGCCAAAUUAAUCAUUAAUUUCGACAAACUGCAGAGAGUGUUACAUGAAAUAGUUCUGUAUCUGUAAUGCAUUGACCUACUUUCAACCAUUCAUCAAAAACUAAUUCAUUAUUUGAUACGAAGACUGUGUUUGAGCUUUGAUUUAGCUUUUAUAUUCCAGUCAGGCUUCACUGUAAAGAGACUGUGAUUAAUCUCUCAUCUGUAAUUUGUCAUUUAAAUGAGCCUAACUGUGCAGGGGGUUUAAAGUUGUUCCACUGGGUUUAAAAUUCACACUUGGUACUUUUGUCACUUGAAAAUAAAAUGUGAAAUUAGUGAUUUAA